CCUUAUCUCUUUUCUCCUCCAGUACGCAGCCGCCGCAGCUCCUCCUCUGGCUCGCCUCGCUGCCACUGCUCCUCCUCUCGGCCAAGCUAGUCCUCGUCCCCUCUUCUCUCCUUGUCCUCCUCUCCACCUCUUCCCCUCUUCCUUCCUCGCCAGCAGCAGCAGCACUAGGGAGCAGCGGCGGCGGCAAGCGAGCAGCAGCAGCGGAGUAGCAACAGCGAGCAGCAAAGUAGCAGAAGUAGGGAGCGCCGGCGGCCGCGGAGGAGCAGCAGCGUCAAGAUAAUUGAUUCUUGCCGGAAGGAACACACACAUGGGCGUUGAUGGUGGACAUGGUGGAGCUGAAAUUUUGCACAAAAAGUUCAUUUGCCCCAGUGGAAGUGCUUUGAUGUUGUUUGGUUGAGCAGGGAAAAAACAUCAGUGUCUCAUUGAAUGAUAAAAGAAAUGUGUGAUGAUGACCAUCGAUUGAGUGUGAGAGAUAGCAUUGAUGCCAGAUCUAUCCACAUGGCCAAAAUAAUAUGAUUAUGGUGCAAGUCAACUCUGCUAGAUGCUGAUCCAGAUGUUGCUGGCAACUCUCUGGUUGGGUGAUAUAUUAAUUCCACCCUGGACAGAGAAGACAAAACUUAGUUUCACGCAAUACAUGGAUAUGCUGGCAAGCAUCAAAGAAUCUCGACUGUCAAUGUAAGUUGCAGAAAUGGAAAUGGUAAGAAAGAAUACAAGCUGCUCUCCUGAUUGCCGCUAUAUCAAGUGAUUGCCAAUGUAUCAGUAUAUCACUGUCAGCAGAAUAUCACAGGAUCCCACCAUCAUCAGUAUAUCUAGACCAAGAAAUGUUGAAGAAUGACCUGUAUGAAAAGCAUUGUCAAAAUGGGCGAGAGCAGAGGAAGCAUCGCCUUCUUUGCGUGCUACAGGCCUCCGGUGCCCCUCGACAUAUUCUGCUGUCCAGCUCCAGCAUCAUCAAGGGAGGAGGAGCGGCACUUGACGGAUGGCGUGUCGUACAACUACAACUGCCAACCCAUUCCAUCUGCGGCCCUCAAGUCGAUCGUCAAGCACCUAGAUCUGGCUCCUGAAGCCGUCGAAGAAGCCGCCAUCGAUUCGGGCCGUCUCACCGGCCUGGUCUUCGUCUCCGAAAGGCAACACCACCUCGAGACUCUUCAUAUAGGCCUGCGCUUCGAUGACGGCGACGAAGUCUGGGUCUUCACCUUGGGGGACAUCUAUGGCGGCGACUUUUUCAGUGGUGCCCGUCUGGAGGACAGCGGCUGCAUCGCAGGAGGCUACGAGGUGGAUGGUCACACAGCUGACCAUUACCUCGUCUUCGUGUCCACGAAGGAGCCCGUGCAAGAACGCCGCAGCCCCUGGAAUGUCGUCUACAAAACUAAUCUCAGAACAGGCGAAACUGAGCGCCUCACUCCACCAGGGACGUCCGAUUUAAGCCCCUCGGUGUCACCAUCUGGGAAGAGGGUAGCAGUGGCUUCGUUCCAAGGAAAGAAAUGGGAUGGUGAAGUUAAAGACUUGCUGACAAACAUUUACGUGAUGGACCUAGAGAGCACAUAUCUGGAGCGCGAGCGGGUGAUCGAGAACGCUGGCUGGCCAUCAUGGGGAAGCGAAACAGUACUAUUUUUCCAUAAAAAGGUUGGGGAUAACUGGGGUGUAUUUCGGCACGACUUGAGCACCGGCGAGACCCUCCGUGUGACCCCGGAGGCAUUCGAUGCAGUGACUCCAGCAGCCAUUGAUGAGAGCAGAGUGGCUGUGGCAACCAUCCGCCAGAAGUCUGUGUUCACCGACGUCCGUGUUGAAGCGCAGUACCGUCACAUCGAGGUUUUUGACAUGGGUUUGCCGGAGGAGCCACUUCAAAUCACUCGGUGUACCAAGCCAAAAGGCGACCAUUACAACCCCUUUGUAAUGGAUGGUGGCAAGUACAUUGGCUAUCAUCGUUGCAAAAGCGACCAUCUCGAGCAUGGAGAUGAUGUCCCGAGGCGGUUCGACAAGCUGCAGUCCCAUCAUGAAGAUAUUGGUCUGUUUAGGGUUGCCGGUGCAUUCCCGGCAUUUUCCAAAGAUGGCUCUAAGCUUGCAUUCGUCGAUAACGAAUUCAAAGCUGUGUGGCUGGCCGAUAGUGACGGAAUGCGUGUUGUCUUCGAAACGGAUGGUCCUGAUGGUGUCUUCUCACCGGUGUGGAACCAAAAGAAGGAUAUACUUUAUGUCUGUAUGGGACCGUCUUUCAAAGCCAACGAAAUAUUGGAGAUCUACGCCAUCCCUCACGUAUCGAGUGGUGCACGAGAGCGGCGACUGCUCACGAAGGGAAAAUUCAAUAAUGCGUUCCCAUCCACCAAUUCAGACGGGACAAAACUUGUUUUCCGAUCGACAAGAAAUGGGGGAGACAAAAAGUACAAGAAUCUAUACAUGAUGGACGCAGAGAUCGGGGAGGACGGUGGUGAAGCGGAACGGAUAACAGAGGGCGAUUGGAUUGACACACAUUGCCAGUGGUCGCCGGACAGGGACUGGAUCGUGUUCUCGUCAAACCGUGACAAGCCCGCGGACGCUCCGGAGCGCGACCAUGGUAUGGACCCGGGGUACUUUGCUGUUUACCUGAUGAACGCAAUCGACCGCUCUGUGGUGAGGGUAAUCCGGAGCGGGUACGACUUCUCCGGGCACGUGAACCACCCGGUCUUCAGCCCGGACGGGCGGAGCAUCGUCGUGACGGCAGAUCUUGCCGCGGUGUCUGCUGACCCAAUGUCGCUGCCGCUCUUGUUGCAUUCGCAGAGGCCCUACGGCGACAUCUUCACCGUUGAUAUCGACCCGGAUGACAUGGAGAAGAACCAGGAUGUGGAGGAGUUUGCCCGAGUCACGCAUAGCAGGUAUGAGAACGCCACUCCUGACUGGACCGUGUUCUCAACUCAUGACCCGCAUGCGCAGUGGAACCUCCUGGUCAUGGAGGAGGAGUACACCCCGGCGUGCCCGUAUGCGCAUCAUGAUGGGGGUGAAAGCUGGCACAUGACAGGCCAGAUGUGCAUCCCGAAAAGGGUCUGUUGAUCUUACGCCGCUAUGUCGGAAUGGCCCGGAUAACUGUGCCUGUUUCGUGCUUGGGCUCAUACUGUUGCCUGGAUUUAUUGCUUGAGAUGUAUUUGUAAUUUCUGUUUGGAUUGCUGUCUAUUUGGGUUGGUGUUGAGGUGAUUUGCCCGGACCAUUUGCAUUCUACACAUUUCAUCUUGCUGUAAUAUAUAAGACUUCAGAGUUUUAUAUGAUGAUUCUGAAUUGAGUA